AUGGUGGGACGUUACGUGGUUAUUCACCUUCCUGGAGACGAAAAGUUUCUUACCCUUGCUGAAGUUGGAGUCUACGGGUAUUUGGCAGGAAAUCGUGCAGUAGGAGCAGCCGCAAUUCAGUCUUCAACAUUUGCGGACUGGUUUGCUGAAAAGGCCAUUGACAGUAAUCGCGGCUUCCAGCAGUUAAAUACAACAUGCACCUCAACCCUUAAUGAGUCUAACCCAUGGUGGAGGCUGGAUCUGCUUGGCGUUUAUCGAGUUCGUGAAGUGGUCAUCACUAACAGAAAUGACAGCUAUGCAGAACAAAUAAACGGAGUGGAAAUUCGCAUUGGAAACUCUUUGGAGAACAACGGCAGCAACAAUCCUAUAUGUGCUGUUAUUUCUACUAUUCCAGCAGGUGAGUCCUACAACUUUUCAUGUAAUGGGAUGGUGGGACGUUACAUGAUUAUUCGUAUUCCUGGGGAUCGUGAGAUUCUUAGUCUUUGCGAGGUUGAAGUCUACGGAUCCUUGGCAGGUAAUUUAUUGCUGUAG